GUAUUUUCCAGCCUCCCAUUCCUGACCUGGAUGAUAAAGAUCAGAUGGUGACUGAAUAGAAGCUGCCCCAGUCCUGGGUCCAUGAUGUACGUACCAGCUGAAUUUUCGGAAGCUGAUUACCCACGAGUUCACUAUCAAAGACAGCAAUUUUGGGACCCUACAAGGCUAUCUCUUUUCACAGUGGCAAUUGUAGCAAUUAUAGUCAUUUCAAUUGGUAUUGUUACUCAUUUUGUUGUUGAGGGUGAUAAGUCAUUCUAUUAUCUUGCCUCUUUUAAAGUUACAAAUAUAAAAUACAAAGAAAAUUAUGGAAUAAAAACCUCAAGAGAAUUUAUAGAAAGGUGUUAUCAGAUUGAGAGAAUGAUGUCUAGGAUAUUUCAACAUUCUUCUGGAAAAGAUCGGUUUAUCAAAUCUCAUGUUAUUCAAUUAAGUCCAGAUGAAAACGGUGUGAACAUUCUUAUGGUACUCAUGUUUCAAUACCCAUCUACUGACAGUGCUGAGCGAAUCAGGAAAAAAAUUAAAAGGAUUCUAUAUCAAAGUCUGAAGACACAACAGUUGCCUUUGACUAUAAACAAACAAUCAUUUACACUCACACCUAUUGACAGCAAAAAGAUGAGGAAUUUUCUCAACAGCCGCUGUGGAAUAAGGAUGACAUCUUCAUACGUGCCAUUACCAGCAUUCUUUUCUACUGAAAGGAUUGUCCAAGGAAGUAAAACAGCUAUGGAGGGGGAGUGGCCAUGGCAGGCCAGCCUCCAGCUCAUAGGGGUGGGCCAUCAGUGUGGAGCAAGCCUCAUCAGUAACACGUGGCUGAUCACAGCAGCUCACUGCUUCCGCAGAAAUAAAGACCCAAGGCAAUGGAUUGCUACUUUUGGUACAACUAUAACACCACCCAGAGUGCGACGAAAUGUGGCAAAAAUUAUCAUUCAUGAGAAUUACCAUAGAGAAACAAAUGAAAAUGACAUCGCUUUGGCUCAGCUUGCUACCCGAGUUGAGUUUUCAAACGUAGUUCAGAAAGUUUGCCUCCCAGAUUCAUCCAUAAAGUUGCCACCUAAAACAAGAGUAUUUGUCACAGGAUUUGGAUCCAUUGUAGAUGAUGGACCUACACAAAAUAGACUUCGGCAAGCCAGGGUGGAAACCAUAAGCACGGGUGUGUGUAACAGAAAGGAUGUGUAUGAUGGCCUGAUAACUUCAGGAAUGUUGUGUGCUGGAUUCAUGGAAGGAAAAGUAGACGCAUGCAAGGGAGAUUCUGGUGGACCUCUUGUGUAUGAUAAUCAUGACAUCUGGUACCUUGUUGGUAUAGUAAGCUGGGGACAAUCAUGUGCUCGUCCCAAAAAACCCGGGGUCUACACAAGAGUGGCUCAGUAUCGAGACUGGAUUGCCUCAAAGACUGGUAUCUAGUGUGAACUGACCAUGAGUUUUAUCCAUGGCACACAGAGCUAAAACUCCUGCAUAUUGUGUAUUAUUUAUAUUCUUGUGGUUUGGAUCAGUGCUUUUGCUGGAUGCCAAGAAGUCCUUCAGAGUCAGACCAAUCCAAUAUCAUGAGGUGGAUUUGUGUGCAUGUAAUGGAAAUCUUUCUUUACCCUAAGGGAAGAUGACACAGCAAAUGACAGCACCAACUCCUCACUCACAAGAGAAACUGUGAUCUUUUUAAUCAGAUGAAUAUUUACAAAUGGUUUCCCCCAACUGAAGAUGGGGAACAUCACUUUCCACAGGAUACAAAGAGCUUCCAGGGCUGUCAAAAUCUUACCUCAUAUAGUACCCGGAGCCCUUUGGAUUGGUCUAGCAAGAAAUCAAACAGCAAUCAUCCAUGAGGAUUCAGGGCUUCAGCAUUCUAGGACUGAUGACUGGACAUUCAAUGGCUAGAAUGCAGAAGUGUGGGAUUUGCAAUAUAACUUGAAGUCUAACCUGGGUUUAUAAGUAAUAAUACAGAGAAUUAUCAUUAACCACGAGAGUUGCCAUUUGAAAGAUAUGUAAAUGUGUCUGAACUUGUUGUUGACAUUGGGUUAUACACACAAGCACUAGCUUCAGGAUGCAUGUUGCAUUGUUAAAGUCAUCUGUUACCAGAGUCGUGACUACAGAGAUGCAGCUGUAUUCACUUCCAGUUCUCAAAUAUGAGCCCUCAAAUGCUAGAUUUGUUGCUCUGAUUUAUCGGAGAAAAAUCUUAGUUUCUUUAAUGACUAAACUUUUAACUUGCAUGUAUGUGCGUUAUGUGCGAUAUAUGUAAUAUAUAUAAACAAGAUAAAUAUAACUAAAAAAUUCCUAGUUAUUAUUUAAUAUCCAUAUUAAGCGAUAAUAAACACAAAAGGGUCAUCCAUACACACUUUCCUUUUGAAAAGAAAAGGUCACCAAAUUUCUGAGUUGGUGACUACUGAUAACUAAAUAUCAACAAAAAAAGCAGAGUGAAAAUGUAAAUCCUUAUGCUUCCUUUUAUACGUAGAGAAACAGCCAAAGCUUUUUGGAGAAUAUUUAGCAUAUUCAAGAUGUGUCUGAUUGAUGACAUACCUUUUUUAUAUUAAAACCUAAUGCAGCCUUUGGUAGAAACAAGAAAACAAAUCUGUCUACAAAAAAAUAAUUUUCUACUAAUGAAUUUCUAUAAGAAUGGCUACGUGCUGGGACUUCCCUGGUGGCGCAGUGAUUAAGAAUCCGCCUGCCAAUGCAGGGGACACGGGCUUGAUCCCUGGUCUGGGAAGAUCCCACAUGCCAUGGAGCAACUAAGCCACAACUACUGAGUCUGUGCUCUAGAACCUGCGAGCCACAGCUACUGAGCCCACGCACCACAACUACUGAAGCCCAUGUGCCUAGAGCCUGUGCUCCACAACAAGAGAAGCCACCGCAAUGAGAAGCCCAUGCACCGAAAAGAAGAGUAGCCCCCGCUCGCCACAACUAGAGAAAGCCCACACACAACAACAAAGACUCAACACAGCCAAUUAAUUAAUUAAUUAAUUAAUUUUAAAAAAGAUGGAUAUGUGCUUUGGAGUACCUAUAUUUUUUGUCAGAAGAAUGUGGUAACUCUUUGUAUAUAAACGUCUAUGAAACUACAUAUACUUAUUUAAAUAAUUAUAUGAUUAAUUCAACUCAGUGACAUUUUAACACAAAUGAGACAAAUAAAUGCAAAAGGCUAUAGGAAAAUCUAAGAAAUGGAAAAGAAGAUUUUAAAAAUAGGAUUUAUAUGUCCUACUUCUAGUUUGAUUCUGACCUGUUGUGUGGUGUUAUGGGAAUCAUGCGAUAGCUUUUGCCUCAUGUUUUCCAUCUACCAUAUGGGAUAUUAAGCAAUCUACCUCAUGGCAUUGUUGUAAGGCAUUCCUGCUGGAUAAUAAAGUUGAAAAGUCAAAGAAUGUUUAAAACCCGUUCAAAAAAAUGUGAAGUAUAUUACUGCAAACUGAUAUCACUACAGAUGAUGCUGCAAAUGCAUGAAGAUUAUUAAGAAGGUUUUGGGGUUUUUUUAUACAGUGUUAGCAUUUUUAUUUAUCAAUAGUAUUGCUUUGUGAAUCUUGCAAAUAUUUUGUGGUUAAAAAAAUAACGG